UUUGGUGAAAAGGGGGACGGGGAGGUAACUUGCGGUCAACCCACGGCAGAGUAGCCUAGGCUGCCAGCAGUAGUACACGGCAUCCUAUUAACCAUAUUGGGUCUGCUUUCUUUGAUUAUUCGCCUAUACAUAAAUAGAAUGCGUGUAAAAGACAAAAACGCACACAAACGUGCCUUGUUGUCUAUAUACUUUCCUGCAGUUAUUGUCUCAUUUGAAUUUAACAAAAUUCAGUCACAGGUAGGCUGAUUAUUUUCAUGUUGAACUGCUAGUAAUUGUAGAAUAGUCGUGUUUUUAUGUUUAAGCAACAGUUUGCGCACAUUCUGAAAUUAGCCCGGACUUACAAUAUCAAUGGAUUCUGUUGAAACAAUGGAAAGUGUGUAAUCGGCCACUGAAGGGGUUAACUUUAUGUGUCAGACCCCUCCCAUUAUUGUCAGUCAUCGUAUUAAUAAUCGCACCACUAGAAAUGUCGCUAUAAAGCCGGUUUUGGCGAGAACACGGGAAAGUAGUGGUACUGUGCGCGUGGUGCUGAAAGUGCCAUCUGAAGUAAUGUGGUCGGUAUUUUUUUUCUUUCUGUCUUAUCUGGACAGAAACUUUGUCAAGGGAGAAUUCCCAAAUUAUUCCCUAGAUGCAGAGAAACAGAGUAAAGAUGUGUUUUUCAUGCUCAAUAGCACAUUCUGUGCCAAAAUGUCAGGCAUUGGGGGAAAUUGUCUUUACCAAGUGUCAGACGGAAUUGAGGAAGUGCUCUCUGUGCAUGACACGUCGGGUAAACUGGUGGACUGCUCAGUAACCAUCAACCAGAUGCAGGUGAAGUCAUUCAUGCAUGUGUGCAGAUUGGGACUGAAGCACCAGAUAACCAACCCAGAAUAUAUGGAGUUGAGUUUUGCAGACAUGACAGAAGCCAAAUACAACUGUCAAGCGUUCCAGAGGACAUCAAAGUGCACGACGGUCACCACGGAGAGGAUAGCCGCACCAACAGCACAGACACCGAAGGAGACGAGAGAGAAUUCCGUCCACGAGUAUGACAAGCAGGACAUACGGAGAUCCAAGCGAGGAUUCACUUAUCCUGGAACCCUGUGGUGUGGAGCUGGCAACAUGGCUGAUAAUUACGACCAUUUGGGAGAGUUCGCGGCGACUGAUAGUUGUUGCCGCGUUCAUGACCACUGCCCCUACGUCAUCCAUGCGUUUUCCUCAAAAUACGGCUACACCAAUUUCAAGUGGCAUCCCCUUAGUCACUGUGACUGCGAUAAUGCGUUGAAGGAGUGUCUGAGGAAAGUCAAUGACACUUCCUCCAGGGUGGUUGGCCAAGCUUUCUUCAAUGUCAUUGAGGUGCCCUGUUUCCAGUUCAUAUACGAAGAGCAAUGUGUGGAGCGCCACUGGUAUGGUGUGUGUAAAAAAUAUGACAAGCUCCCGGUUGCAGUGCCUAGAGAGUCCAUCCCGUAUGAUUUCGGAGGUAUUGACGUUAUUGACGUGCUGACCGUGGCUCCUCAGAAAGAGACAAAGGAAACAGGCACAGAGCAGGACAAUCCUGAAGGCACAACACAGUCCACUGUUUCUGGCUCCCAGACCACUGGCCCUGAGGAGCCCUCCCUCAGGAACAUGGUCACAGUCGCUGAGGACUUCAUCAAAUUUCUGGCCACCGUCUCCACCUCUCAGGGUUCAGCUACAGACAACACCAAAGGAGAGACACAGACCUCAGAGAAGAAGAAGAGGAAGAACYCGGCAGGGAAAAAUAACAAGAAAAAUAACAAGAAAAGGAAAGGAAAAGGGAGAAAGAGGAAGCAGAAAAUCGACUCAGUCUCAAAAGGAGCAGAUGAGUCCUACCAAGUUAGUCCUACCAAAGCAGAGGAAGUUGUCGAUAAGAGUAACUUUGUAAAUGAGCCUGGGAAUGUUGACCAGUUGAACAGAAAUGUCAACAGUUUCAGUGAUGGUGAAAAAGAUUGUGGAGGMAAAGAGGAGCUUUUUAAUGAUGUCAUGAGAGAUGAACCACGUAUAGAUGAAGAAAGUGCUGCAGAUGCCUCUGUCACCUCAGCCACUGCUGUCAAGAAGGAGCAGACAAUGCUGGAAACUCCGGCUCUGAAGGAUCACACAGAAACAACAUCUCUUUCUGCAACCACCAGCACACCCAUUGUGACCACACAGAAAACCAAAAGGCAGAGGUCAAGAAAGGGGGAAGGGAGGAAAAAACAGAGCAACAUAACGCCAACUGUCACCCCUAAAGGAGUUGCACGCCAUACCGCCAUUAAACAGGACCUCCCAACAACCACAACAGAGAGCUCUGGCACCCCGACCGUCCCUACCAGCACUGCCAUAAUCUCUGCAGAUCAGCCUGCGCAACAAAAGUUAGAGAACCACAGUGAAAAGGGACAUGUUACGGCUACUGCCGGCACCCCCAUUGUGACUUUUAUCAAAAGCAAAAGGCACAGGUCAAAGGAGAGAGAGAAAAUAAAUAAAUGGAGGAAAAUCACUCCCACUCUUCCCAUGGUGGGGGAUACUUUCCGAAACCCUACUGAAAAGGAUCUUGAAGUGAUCACUACUGAGAGCACAAGUGCUCCAGCCGCCACCACUAUCACUACUGUUAGCGUUGCAGGGCAGCCAGUGUCGCACAGACCAGAAAGUCACAAUGAGAAGGGGUCCAAUACCACUACGACGGUAGGCUCAACUUUGAGUGAGACCAAAAGGCACAGACUGAAAGAGAGGGAGGGAAGAAAGAUGAGGAGAAAAGUCAUAUCAACUCUUUUGGCUGAGGGCACAUCUCUUCAGAAUCCCACUGAAGAUGCCCUUCAUACAGUCACUACUGACAGCACUGUUGUACUGAACAUCCCCACAACCACCACUGUAGUCGCUGCAGAGCAGGCUGAGAUGCUAGCUUCACAGAGCAUAGAGAGUCACAGUGAAAAGGGACUUCUCACCACAACAGCCAGCGACCCUGUUAUGACUGGGAGAAGACAAGGAUCAAAAGAGAGGGAGGGUAGAAAGAAAAGUAAAAAAGUGACCAUACCCACUGUUGUCAAGGAUAAGGUUCCAAUCCAUAAUGACAAUGAAACUAAACUUGAAGAAAUAAUAACAGGUACAAGUCUGACACCCUCAGCGUCAGAAAUCUAUUUCAAAGUUGACGAAGUAGGAGAGUUCAAUCUACAGGAAUCUGAGAACUACAGAGAACAGGCCCUCUUCCCUGUGCAGACCAGCACACACACUAUAAGUCCAAUAAAAUCCACUGUCCAGAAAACAGAAGAGAGACUAGGUAGAAAGAAAAGGAGAAAACCACCAUAAUGAGACUCAUACUAACAAUGUUGCUAGUAUAGAAUGAAAGAGUGAAAUUAUGUCCUAGAUGACUAGUCUGGCUCUUGACUAUCAGAAAAACCUGCUAUGCAGACUCAGACGUAUGUGUAUUAUGUGUUAGUCGUCAUCUUGUGUAUGUUUUGUAAAAUCAACAUUUGUGCCACUAUUCAACAGGAAUUGAAACAAGUGAAUGAAGAAUCAGGAUAAUGUUUUGUAUUAUAGUAUGUGCAUUUAAACACCAAUGAUUAAUAAAAUAUUGGAAAGAA